AUGACUUCCACACAUACACAGUACAUCGACUAUGGAGAAGAAAUGUGGAAAGAGCAGUGUAAGGCUCUAGUUAAGGACAUGGAACUGUACCAUCAAGACACGCGCAAUAACUUCAACCGUGUGCUUGAUUGGCUGCACGAAUGGGCGUGUUCGC